AUGGAAGUUGAGGAGAAAAUACAAAAACAUAUAAUUAAUUACUAUAAAUGUUUAGAAUUGCAUCAAAUUAAAUGGAAACAAACUGUUUGUGAAUUGAAACCAUUCAUUAAAGCUUUAAAAACUCAAAUCGAACAAUUUAUUGUAGUUGAUAGGUAUAACAUAGAAAAAACAGAAUUUGAAAAAUAUGAAUUUCUAAAAGAACGUCUUCAUUUAAAAAUUUAUAAAGGAAUCGAGGAAGAAUUUUCAUCUAUAUCAAAACUAAUAUCGAAUUUAAAUGUAAUAUGUCAUGAUUUACGAACGAAAACAACACAAUUGGAAAAUUUAACAGUGACUUUAGAUUGGACAAUCGAUUCAAAAAGUUUCUUAGUUCGUGGUUCAGCGUUACAACGUCCAUUAGGUGAAAUAUUAGAUUGGGCAUAUCGAAUAAUGACUUACUAUAAAGAUGUAAUGGCUGCUAUUUAUGAUACCUUUCAAAAAAUUAGUUAUUUAGAUGCGAAUUCGGUGCAAAAGUUUGAAGAAUGUUUUUAUGAAAAUCACGAAAUUGAGAAUUUAGUUGAGCAUGCGUUGCAAUAUUUACAAUUAUGUGAACAAGUUGUUGUUUCUUAAAAAAAAGAUUAA